CAGACAAACAAAGGGAACAUCACCUUUUUUUUGUGUGUGUGUGUGUAAGUAAACAAAAUCUCACACGCUAAGAGAAAGCACAAAUUCUCGAGCCUCUCUCAUAUAUGCAUCCAACGGUUAAGAUCUCCAUUACGUAUUAUAAAUCAACGGGUGAGAUGUGUCGUAUAUUAUUAUCUUUUUUUGUUGUUGUUGGUUCAGCUCAAGUCUAUAUAGAGCACAGACCUCGAUGUGUAUAGCUUUCGGCCACUGGAUGGAAAGCAAAGGCAACGAGAGCCGAGGAGCUGCGUACGUGUCGACGGGACCCAUUCUAACCACGACCACCUGACAAUGCGGGUUCCACUCUCUAAGGCGGGAACCUUUCUUUUUCUUUUCUUUUUUUUUUUGGGUUUUUUUUGGCAGUAAGUAACGGAUUCGGUCAUGCUUUUUGUGAUGAGAGUGAGAGAGAGAGAGAGAGUGAGUGAGAGGGUCACAGUCUCGCAGAUACUGUGUCUUGAAAAGAGAGUUGUAGAAGAGAGAGAGAGAGAGUGUGUGUUUCAUGUUUAUGUGUGUUUUGUUUCGUUAAACUUGGGAUUAAUUGAGCUCAAUACAGUUUUGGAUAGUUUUGUUUUUUUUUCGUUUGUUUCAUCUUUCAAAAGCAGAUAUAUAGUUAAUUUGUGUUUUUAAAAAAAAAUCUCUCAUUGGAGUCUGUUCUCUGCUCUUUUUUGUUUUUGGGGUUCUCAACUGAGUUUUGGGGUUUAUUUUCAGACAUACAUAUACAAAGUUUGAUGCUUUUGUGUCCCCCCCUUAUCAAGAACAAUGUGUUUUUAAAAAAAUAAUUAAGCUUUCUUAAAAUUUUCAAUUUUUAUUUUUAUUUUACAAGGCAAAAGAGAGAGACAGAGAAUUUUAGAUAAGAAUCUUUGAGCCAAUGAGAUAUUCUAAUUCAUCUUCUCUGUGAAGAUUUUUGAGUUCAAUUCCAUUUUUCUCAUUUUGUCUUGUUUGUUUCUCAUUGGUUUCCUCGAGAAUAUAUGUGGUUUUGGAAGAAGAGGAUAGAUAGGAGAGCUUCACUGUUUAAUAUUUUAGUCUUUUAAAAAAAAAACUUUUUCUGGGUUUCUAUGUAAAGCUUUGAACAGCUUCUUCACUUUCCUGGCUUCUCUCAGAUUUGUUGUCUAAUCUUGAAAACCCCCAAAUGCUUUUUAUUCAUUAGCGACGCAACAAUGGAGCAAAGAAGCAAAAACACUGUUGCACUGCUCUUACUCUUCUUCUUCUUCUUCUUCUUAGUCUUCAAUUCAAGAACGGCUACAAGUUCAAGUUGUCGUCGAAGAACAGUGAAACACUUAUCCACAACUUCAACAUCGUCUACACUACUCGAAUCAAGAAUCACUUCCAAGGUCAUUAUUAUUAGCAUCCUCUCAGGGAUUUUAACCGGCUUGGUUUCAGCCUUGGUGUUAGCUUUCUUGGUUCGUUGCAUUGUCAAUUACAUGAGACAGACGCCAAUUCUCAAAGGUCCUGUGGUGUUUUCCCCUAAAAUCACACCUAAGUCUCUUCACGCAGCUCUUGGUAAUGGUAUUCAGUUGCUUGGUUCAGACCCUAACAGUAAAUACUACAAGAUGGUGCUUGAUAAUGGUCUAGUGGUUGCCGUCAAGAGGCUAGGCUCUCUUGAAGGUACUGGUUCACCAGAAAGUAGUAGUAGCAAGUCGGUUAAGAGAAGGUUGCAGAAGGAACUUGAGCUUCUUGCUGGGUUAAGACACAGGAACCUUAUGAGUUUAAGAGCUUAUGUUCGCGAAUCCGAUGAGUUGUCUCUCGUCUAUGAUUACAUGCCCAACGGUAGUCUUGAGGAUGUCAUGGAUAAGGUUAGAGCUAAAGAGGUAGAGCUUGGAUGGGAGAUUAGGCUUCGAGUUGCUGUUGGAAUUGUUAAAGGGCUUCAGUAUCUUCAUUUCAGUUGUGAGACACAGAUUCUUCAUUAUAGCUUGAAACCUACAAAUGUUAUGUUGGAUUCUGAGUUUGAGCCCCGCCUUGCUGAUUGUGGAUUGGCCAAGAUCAUGCCUAGUUCACACGCAGCCGUAUCUUGCUACUCUGCUCCUGAGUCUUCUCAAAGUAACAGAUACACAGACAAAAGCGACAUAUUCAGCUUCGGCAUGAUACUGGGAGUUCUUUUAACUGGAAGAGACCCGACCCAUCCCUUCUGUGAAGAGGCUGCAAGUGGAGGCACCUUAGGACAGUGGCUAAAACAUUUGCAGCAAUCCGGGGAAGCACGAGAAGCAUUAGACAAAAGCAUUCUUGGAGAGGAAGUGGAAGAAGAUGAGAUGUUAAUGGCUUUAAGAAUCACCAUUAUCUGCCUUUCUGACUUUCCGGCAGACAGGCCUUCAAGUGAUGAGCUUGUCCACAUGCUUACACAACUGCACAGCUUUUAGUCUAAUGUCUUGUACCAUCAUAUCUGUGACACCAGUCUAUAUAUCUGCAGUUACAUCAAUAUAUUUCUUUUUCUUUA